AAUGUUAUUGGAUAAAACAUUUUGAAUAUUUUACUUUAUGUUUACAUACAUACUUUUACAAAUAUAAUUGACGGAUAGGAUUAAAACGGAAGACACGUCUUUCAGAGUUAUUCUCCUGAUGUAAAUGCUAUUACGCUGUCACAAUGAGAUUGAUUCAAGUUAUCAUUUUCCUGAUGAUAUUUGGAAGUGCAGUAACAAUUUUCCAAGCAAUAGGAAAUUUUAUUACAUCAGCAUUUUCAUUUGGUAAGGACAUUUAUGGAUUUAUUGACAGUCUCGUGGAUGAUAAAAUAGACAAAGAUGACAAUAGGUACGAGAAAUUGCUGAAGGCUAUUUCUGACAAAAUAGAUUCAUCUGAGAAGUCUGUCAUAAAUUCUGUCAUAGAAGAAUUAGAUCUUCGUCUUCAAUUCGAUGACUUAUUCGAACAGAACAAAUUCAUGAGUACUCUACUAAUUGACAUUCGAAACAUCAUUGAAUCAAGGACGGACACAGUCAGAGAGGAAAACAUACGGAGAUUUAAAAACAACUUUAGAGAACACGAAGCUGAAAUCCAAAAUAUUGCUCGUUUAUUGUCAGACACUGCAUCAGUUGGAGGCUUAUACAAGCCUCUCUUAAAUUUGUUCGUUGAUAAGGUUGACUGUAAUCUAACAAGUCUGCAAGAAUUCAUGGACUAUUAUAUGAAUGCUGUGUCGAACGCUAUUGCCAUAGAUUUGAUGAAUGAACGUUUCACCGUCGUCGAUUUGUCAAACCAAACUAUGGCGAAUUGGCAGAAGCAAUUAGAGAAACUAUUCGAAAAAUUUAAAUCCCAGAGGAAGAAUUGCAUCGCUCGUUUUCCUCAGCUUGUCAAAGACGACCUUGAAGGUGAUGAGACUGCCACUGACCUUCAGAGAAAAAACGCACUUAGAUAUUCAGACAAACGAAAUAGUGUCGUAUAUGUCGGCAGUGACACUGACUGUGAAAUCAAGUAUUUGCAGUCAGAUGGUUUUAUUUUCUUUAAAACAUCAGCUAGAAAGAUUGUAUUCUUCGAAAAGAAAGAUGAAAAUACCGAAACUCUCGAUCACAACGCAACACAAGUUGGAGAUAGCUGUAAGAAAGCAUUUCCGGCUGGAAUCGUUACUUCAAGGCUGGUAAACAACAUCGGGGGCAACUGUGAUAAGGAAACGAUUUUCAAAACGAUAGAUGAUAUGUACUUUUGGCGAGGCUACACGCUGCGGUUCAUUUUGAUAAUGGACGAUAAGCCACAGAAUCAAAUAGUCAUUGCUCAAGGUUCUCGAACAACUCGUAUAAAAGCAUGUGGGAAGGUAAUUGUAACUGGGGCUGAAGAAUGGAAAACGGAAGAUGCUUCGCAUUCAGUUUACAAGACGCUCUUGAUGAAUAAGGUCACAAGUGGUGUUACUAUAGUAACUGUGAAUACAACCUUGUUAUUUUGUUUGGUCAUUAAUUGUCUUGUAGUGUUGAUUUGAUAAGAUGUCUUUUCAUUUUGUACAGAGCAAUUAGGAGACUUCUCAACUUUAUACAUUGUUGCUUUGCACUGAACGUUGUAGAUCUAUUUUGUUCUUGCACACAAAAAAAGAAAAGUAUUUCUCCAUCCAUCAUUGCUGGUGAAACUUGAUAAAACAAUGAGAUCAAUUAAACAUUAUUGAAGAACAGAAAUUGGAUAUUUUUGUAAUCCAUCCAAUACACAGGUUUACAAAGUUCAUGCAAAUAAUACACUUAAAUUCUUAUUAAAGUGGGAGUAUUGCAAUUUAUUUAAGACGUUUUCCUUGCUAGUUUUAUCUUUUAUAACAUGUUUCCUAUAGAUAUACAAUCCACCACCUCUGUAAAGUUCUUUUUAGAAUCUAAUGCAUUAAAAAUCAAUCCAAAAUAAAUUUCAAAACCAGAUUUCUGAAUUGUAUUAUUACUUUUGUUUCACGUUACGUAAAAAUACACCAAUUCCUACAAAAUACACCCAAUUUAUUUUGUGUAUUAGCUGUCCGAUUCUAGCGGUAUAGCAACAAGUAUAGUUUUUUCUGUCUUUAUGUGACAGUUAAUUGUUUUAGCAGGUUUUGCCAGCAAUGUUGAUCGGAACCUUGUUAUUGUGUACAUCAAAAAUUACCACGUUCUGUAAACAAGCGGCACGAGGGAUCGUACGUCGGAUAAACACAAAACAAUCACCUAUUUUAAGUUUAUAAGCAGAUUUUUAAAUGAGGAUAGUUAAGAGUUCCAUUAAUAUUUCACAUAGACACUUAUCUCAAAUGAAAUUCUAUUACAGUGGUAUUUUUCUUUCCAAUACAAUUAUUGCCAGUGAUUGAACAUUCCACGUCAAGUAUUUAUCAAAACGCCGAAUGUAGAUUCCACUGUAUCAGUAAAUGACAGAAAAUGCCAGAAAAAAAAAUGCUCGUUUCUGGAAUAGUCUACAGAAUUUCCGCUGUCCUGGUAUCAAAGUGCAUAUAUUCAUUUACCAUUGAAGUCUGAAAAAGAAUUCAAAUUGGCAAACAUUUAAUUUACCACAACUUUGUUUAUAGCAUACUUAUAUUGAUGAUAUGCACAAUAAACAGAAAAUUCUAAGUCUAUAUUUAAGACUUAAAGUAAUGAUGAACAUUUGAAAAAAUGGAAUGAAAUUAAUUUUCAUUUAUCAAACGUAUCCCGGUUUGAGUAAUUUUCAUAUAACUGUACAGUUUGGAAACGAUUAUCUUUCAUCACAGCUAACCUAUCACUCAUUGUAAAUAUGGCAAAACAUUGAUGGUACACGUAUGAUCCAUUUGAGUAUUUUAGAAAUUUGGUACACGUAAUGAUCCGUUUGAGUUCUUUAGAAAUUAAUAAUUUUCAUUAUUUGAAUUGUAUCUACCUACGAUAACUUUAUAUUUAUGUUCAUUUUAUCGGUUUUUCUGUUCUGUCUUUCUUUGUAUCUGAAUUGCAAAUACAAUAAUUGCAAAUUCUUUAUAUAUCCUAACUUGUAAAGAAAACUGAUUAUUAUGCAUGUUCUGAUUGUAUGGUAUUUGCUUAGUUGUGACUUUUGACUUUAAUGCUAUUAUUAUGUAUUUCACCCAAUAUCGUACACUGUUUGCAGAAGUUUCUGUGGUACGGAAAACUAAUAAUAAAUCGCCUUAAAAUAACGUUUCAAAAGUACCCAAAUAUUUUGACAAUAGCGGAUAACUAGGAAGUUUUGUACUGUUUAGUAUCCAGCUACACCAGCGUGAUGUAACAUAAAUAUAACAAAUAUCUUUUUUACUCGUAUUCUAAAGAUGUUUAGCAAAACUACUGUGAAUGCGGAUGUGGUACAAUUUUGUAUUCCCCAAAAAGAAAACAAAUUUAAUACAUUUUCCUAUGGUUCAGCAUUGAAAUUCAUUUCAGCAGCGAAUAUAGACAUUUGUUUGUACAGACUAGAUAGCUAUCGUCUGAGAAAGAAAAAUAACAGAUGGGGAAAAAUAGGAUCUAUUUAUUAGGGAUUUCUUUCGAAGCACAUUUUUGACCAAAUUACUGCAAUAUAACCUUUAACCAGACGAUUUUCAUGAGCAUCUGUUCACUGAAUGCUAUAUGCUAUACUACUCUAUUGGCGAUCCGAAUAAAUAUAUUUUUCUGUUCACCUUUUUUCGUUCAUUUCCUCUUCUAUGUUAACCUCAUUUAAUUUACCUAUUAAUUUAAUAUAUAUAUAUGAUAAUCACUCUUAAGUACUUUAAAAACUUAUGUUCUAAUAUUUCGUUCAUAAGUUAAAGCUCUACUAUUCCUGUGUUUUUUGUUUUCCAUAAAAUGUGUUAUUUCAGACAAGAUAAUAAGCACUGCCAUAGCGUAUUUAUUAUAGUACUUAAUUAUAGGAGAAGACCUCUAUAAGCUUUAGCUUUCGGAUCUAAUCCUUUUUCAUACAUUUAUUUUUUGUACUGCGUAAUGUAAAUUUGUAUAUGUUGUACCAUUGUUUGAAAUAAAAUUAUGUUUAAACUUAUAUAACCUUUUAACUUCAUAGGACUCCCUACUACCUGUCAUGUCACUUGUUCUUAGUUAAAUUGUGGCAUUUCACUGUAUUCUUAUAUCUAAUGCAUCAAAUGUCUGAGUAAAGAUAGGACCUAAAAAUAUUAAAGAUAGAAAUUUAUUUCUAUGUCAGAUGAUAUACAGAUGUGAAAUUUAUAUAUCAGUAACUUAAGUUUUUUUUUUAUAUUGAAUUUAAAGCUGUGACAACAAAGAAUGACAACUCUAGCCUCAGGCAGAGAUAUCAAUUAGAUUACUCCCCAUGCUAUUACACAAUUGAGUGGAAAGUGAAAAGGGUUUUAGACAUAAUAUCGUAAUUAUUUUAACAACAAAAACAAUUCGAAUAUAUUCAUAUGUGUUUGAUUUACUCUUGAAGAACUGCUUCAAAUGUUUUAUCAGCUUUUCAAGAAGCCGAUAAUAAAAUAAAAUAUCACUUACUAUUUUGUAAUGAAGAUAAUACAGUGUUGCUUGUAUCAAAAUGUCACAUUUAUGAACAGGUGUUAUAAUACCUGACAGGUAGGAAUUAUUUUGAUCUUUUUUUCCUAUGCCUACAUUAUGUCUGUGUAAUAGAAUUGUGUUUAGUUGUUAGGUAUAUAUUCAACCUGCGAAUGUAUGUGCUAUGAUUAAUUUAUCAGUUUAUGCCAUUAUUACUGUAUAGUGUUUAGUCUUAUAUAUUUUUAUAGUUGUUCUUUAUCUCAUCAGUGUAACGCAUAUUUUACAUAAUAUACAAAUCAUGUUGCAUAAUUCCAUUCAUUAUGUUAAUCGAUCAUACUAAACUACUAAAACCGAGUUCACCUUAAUGUGAGAAAGGUGGCAUAUCCCAAACUAUACAUCAAAAUGUUUGUUAGAGUCUUUAGUUUCAGAACAAGUUUUACGCCAGACUGACCAGAUGGCAAGAUAGCUUGAAUUCAAGAUGGCACCAUCCACACUGACAACAUAGAUUAUUUCAAUUUUAUGGAAACGGUCCAGGUUUAAGAUUGAAAAAUAGAUUAAAAUAUGAGAUAAUGUACUUUUUAGAUAAAAAUAAAUAUAUGUUUUGUAUAAUAUUUGAUGACAAAAUAUGCAAACUGAUAAGAAAAGUCAUUCUUUUAUUUACAUUAAUUCUAUAAUGUUCAUUACUUUUAUUUGGUCGAAUAUAUUUUACGAAUGUUUUGCUAGAUUACGUUUUGAGCUCCAACAACUAUUACAUGUACAUACGAUUAGUACUUGACAUGAAAAGUCAUGUCUAUUAUCAUAACAAUCAAAGGCUAAGUACACAACGAACGAACGAACGAACAAAUUUAUUUUCACAUAGACUAUAUAGUUUUAGUGACAAGCAUAAUAUACAUAUUAAUAACAUUUGACAAAUAAAAGUACAAACAUAAAAAGGGCAUGAGUCUCUCUGGUGGACCUAAUUCAUUAAUCAGUACAUAUAUGGUAACUUUUGUUACAUAACAUUUCUUAUCAUUACUGGGGUAUCAUUUAGCCCGCGACGAUCCCAGCUUCCCUCGUGUGGUUACGUAAUGGGUGUGUUAACAUAUUAUCGUCGCAUACAAUGCCCGAAAGCUAGCCGACUCGAAAAAAAUGAUACCGCAGCACUUUAAUCUACAAUAAUUGUCUUAUUCUAUUUAUUACAUGUAGUAAUCAUCAUUAUCUGUUUUAACUUUUACAUGCCGUAGGUUAAUUGAGCAACUGACUGUGUCACUGACAUUUAAAGAACUAUUUGCAGAGAUGCCAAGCCGCCAGGAAAGGGUCACAUUCAGACCAUCUUCAUGGCAGCACACCCUGUGUUGCGCAGUGCGCAAUGCAUGAGUGUCCCCUGAAAUCCUUGAAUUAUAGUAUUAAAUCUUUAAUAAGUGAACAAAUAGUAAAACAGCACCCAAUAAAAAAAUAGUAACGUCGUAGUAAUACCUUAUCAAAAAGAUCAUUUGUUAUUUGUAUGAUAUUCAACCAUUUCCUAGUAAAUACUUCUUUAUUCUUAUAAAUGGUAUUCACCUGUUUUCAAAAAACACAACUUUUAGAUGUAUUGUGACUUUUGAAAAUCUGGGGUGUGAUAGUGGAAUUAAUCAUAUUAUAUCAUUGCGCACUUGGUGUAUUUGAAAUUUUAAUAUGACAUCACAAACAUGUUGAUCGAACUGUAUGCUUAAUUUCAGAAAAGUACGUGUAGCAAAUGUUAACUUAUUGGCAAAAUAGCAAAUGGUGGGUAAGCAGUUUAGUUCAGUAUAUGUAUUGUUGAUGAAAAAAUGACUUUCUCCAUGUUCGUUGACAAACUACGCUACAUGUAUAUGAUGAUAUCGAUUAGGAAAUACCCGCACUUUAUUUAACUUUAUUUCGCAAACUGUUACAUUAUCUGACACUGUUGUUGUUGUUGUUGUAACCCAUUUAAUAAAAUAAUCAGAAAUUUA